GGGAAUGCGCGCAAAGCAGGAGGAAGUGGGAGCCGCCGUUGGAAGCCUCCGGGCCGAGCUGUCGAACCGGUCGCAGCAGCAGCAGCAGCAGCAGCAGAGGAGGAGGAGGAGGAGGAGGAGGAAGGAAGAGAAGGGUUGCAAUUGCAGCUGCAGCUGCAGGGCGCUGCCUCCUUGCAUGGAGCCCGCCGGGCAGGGGAGCCCCGACGGCCGCCCAACCCCGGCUAGGAGGGCCCGCUAGCCCGCGGGGGCGGCAGGAGGAGGAGGAGGAGGCGGAGGUGGCCGCGCUGCGAGUCCGGGCCUGCCGGCGGGCCGGGCUACCCCCAAGAGAAGCGAUGCCCGGGCGUGGAGGAAAUGUCCGCCUUCGUUGUCGUUUAAGCGGCCUCCAGUGAAGGUCUCCUGGCUCGCCUUCCCGACCGGAUCAGAAGGCUGCCGGAUUUCAAAAUGCUCAUAAAAGAGUAUCGGAUUCCUCUCCCCAUGAGCGUUGAGGAAUAUCGGAUUGCCCAGCUGUACAUGAUCCAGAAAAAGAGCCGGGAAGAAACUUGUGGCGAAGGCAGUGGCGUGGAGAUUUUGGAAAACCGACCGUAUAUCGAUGGCCCGGGUGGCGAUGGGCAGUAUACCCAUAAAGUAUACCAUAUUGGUAUGCAUAUUCCCAGCUGGUUCCGAUCGAUACUCCCAAAGGCGGCUCUCCGAGUCGAAGAGGAAUCGUGGAAUGCAUAUCCUUAUACCAGGACGAGGUACACCUGCCCAUUUGUGGAGAAAUUCUCCAUCGAUAUUGAAACCUAUUAUAUACCUGACUCAGGAGACCAAGCCAACGUGUUCAACCUUUCCCCAGCAGAGGAAAGGCAGACUGUUUUGGAUCCUAUCGAUAUUGUGAAGGAUCCCGUCCCACCCCACGAAUACAAAUCAGAGGAGGACCCAAAGGUCUUCAAAUCAGCCAAGACAGCCAGGGGCCCUCUGGCAGAAGACUGGAUCCAAGAGCACCAGAAUAACCCUGGGAGAUAUCCCGUCAUGUGUGCCUAUAAACUCUGCAAGGUGGAGUUCCGUUACUGGGGGAUGCAGUCGAAAAUCGAACGUUUCAUCCAUGAUGUUGGUUUACGGAAAGUGAUGGUAAGGGCUCAUCGGCAAGCUUGGUGUUGGCAGGACGAAUGGUACGGGCUCACCAUAGAGGACAUCCGGCAGCUGGAGAAGGAGGCCCAGCUGAUGUUGGCCCAGAAGAUGGCCCAGUUCAGCAUCAACGAGUCCGAUCUAGAACCGCACCUUCCUCAAGACCCCCUGAACGAGCGCAAUGUGGAAUCCAAGGCCAUACCUCCAUCCACCGAGGGGGUGGAUGCCACCAGCAAUACUGACGAAUCUUUGCCAGGGCGAGUGCUAACCAAGCAGUGGUCAACGUCUUCCAAAUCCUCUUCCAAAAGAGGAGCAAGCCCCUCGCACCAUAACAUCUCCGAGUGGAGGAUGGAAAGCAUCGCCCGGGACUCGGAGGAGAGCUCCGACGAGGAAUUCUUCGAUGCACACGAAGAUAUCUCUGAGAACGAAGAGGUGUUCCCGAAAGAGAUUACAAAAUGGAGUUCCAACGAUCUCAUGGAUAAGAUUGAAACGGCAGAAGAAACGGACGAAGCCCCAGAUGAUCCAACUCUUGAAUCGGCUGCGGGAUACCGUGUCGGCUGCAGCAUGGAAAGACUGAGCAUUAUUGAGGAUGAAGCGGCACCUCCGCUGGCUCAACCCAGCCCAAUCCACGUCCUCCUUUUGGUCCUCCACGGAGGCAACAUCCUGGAUACGGGAAGCGGGGAGCAGAGCUCCAAGCAGGGAGAUGUCAACACCAUCGCCACCGCCUUCGAUACCGUCAUCCGGGUCCAUUACCCGGCCACCCUUGGCCGGAUAGCCAUCAAACUGGUCCCUUGUCCGGCCAUCUGCUCGGAAGCGUUUUCUCUGGUCUCCAACCUCAGCCCAUAUAGUUACGACGAAGGGUGCCUCUGCAGUAGCCAGGAUCACAUCCCCCUCGCCGCGCUUCCUCUCCUGGCCACUUCCUCCCCGCAGUACCAAGAGGCGGUUGCCACGGUGAUCCUGAGAGCCAAUCAGGUGUACGGCGACUUCAUCAAGUCCCAAGAAGGUGCAUCCUUCAACGGCCAGGUGUGCCUGAUCGGGGACUGCGUGGGAGGGAUCCUGGCCUUCGACGCCCUUUGUUACAGCAACCAGACGAUGCUGGAGAGUCAAAACAGUAGCCGGCGUGGAAGUCUCAUCAGCGUGCAGGACACGGAUCUCUUGUCUCCCGGCAUCCUGGUGAACAACAGCUACUGCUCGGAAGGGUGUGGGUUGGAAGCCAGCCGGCAUCUCAGCCGGAGCACGGCCGACCUGCCGCGCAGCAACGAGGAAGAUCUCCAGAAGCAGCAGCUGCUGCGGAAAAGGAGCGAUUCGUCCACCUUCGAGCUGGACACCCUGAAGCAGCACCAGGCGUUCCUGUCCAGUUUACAUUCGAGUGCCCUGAAGAACUUUCCGGGAUCACGACGAUCGAGUAGUUCCACUCAAUUGGACGGUGGGAAUCUUGGGAAGUUUGAGUUUGAGAUCACCGACUUCUUCCUCUUUGGCUGUCCGCUGGGGCUGGUCCUUGCCUUACGAAAAACCAUCAUACCAACUCUUGACAUCUUCCAGUUGAGACCAGCCUGCCAGCAAGUCUACAACCUCUUCCACCCAGCUGAUCCUUCGGCCUCUCGCUUGGAGCCUCUUCUAGAGAAGAAGUUCCAUAUUUUACCGCCCUUCAACAUCCCACGUUACCAGCGGUUCCCUCUUGGGGAUGGCAAUUCAGCCCUUCUGGUGGAAACGGUCCAGAACAACCCUGCCCUCCUCGUUGAAAGCAACCUCCUGGUUGCUCUUCAGAACCAGGACAACUUCAUGGAAACCAGUAUCCCCGUUCCCACCUUGAACUGGCAAGACGUUUCCAAUAAAAAUUCUGGAUUUGCUGAGUCAGAUGUUGUUCAGUCUCAUGGUGGCGUCUUGGUGGAAAACACCUCCCCGUCUGCUCCCGUUUCCGCCCCCCAGUUCAGGGCCUUCCGGAGAGCAAGUGAAGUGAGCAUUGUCAGCCAAGUGUCCGGAAUGGCCGACAGUUACACUGCUUCCAACAUAGCCAACAAGAAAAAACACCAUCUCAACCACUCCAGAGGUUUUAGCCUUUUGGCACUCCUAGCGCUCCCCCACAAACCCCACAACCAGUCCUUCCCCCAGAGAACUGGGGGGCUCAAGCCCGAAAGAUCCCCGAAUCCUUUAGGACGAAGGUUUGAGAGCUCCCUCCACGGGGAAAUGGAGGCCAUUCGCCUGAUUCCAGAUCUCGACGUCCACAAAGUUGCGGCCAAGUGGUGGGGAACCAAAAGGAUUGACUACGCUCUCUACUGCCCGGAUGCGCUGACCGCCUUCCCCACAGUUGCCUUACCACAUCUCUUUCACGCCAGUUACUGGGAAUCCACAGACGUGGUCUCCUUCCUCCUCCGACAGGUGAUGCGUCAUGAAAACAGUAGCAUCCUUGAAGUGGACGGGAAAGAGGUCUCCGUCUUCACGCCUUCCAAACCCAGGGAGAAAUGGCUCCGUAAACGGACUCAUGUCAAGCUACGGAAUGUCACCGCCAAUCACCGAAUCAACGACGCCGUAGCCAACGAGGAUCGGCCCCAAGUGUUAAACGGGAGGUUCAUGUACGGCCCGUUGGACAUGGUUACGCUCACGGGGGAGAAGGUGGACAUUCACAUCAUGACUCAGCCCCCCUCAGGAGAGUGGGUUUAUUUUGACACAGAGAUCACCAACAGCAGCGGACGGGUUUCCUACACGAUUCCCGAGCAGAGACGGCUGGGGAUCGGGGUAUAUCCUGUCAAAAUGGUGGUGAGGGGUGAUCACACAAAUGCAGAUAGCUACAUAACCGUUUUACCACGGGGGACCGAAUUCGUGGUCUUCAGCAUCGAUGGUUCUUUCGCAGCCAGCGUCUCCAUCAUGGGCAGUGACCCCAAAGUCAGGGCUGGAGCAGUUGACGUCGUACGGCACUGGCAAGAGCUUGGCUACCUCAUUAUCUACGUCACGGGCCGGCCCGACAUGCAGAAGCAGAGAGUAGUUGCCUGGUUAGCACAGCACAACUUCCCUCACGGGAUUGUCUCCUUCUGCGAUGGGCUGGUUCAUGAUCCCUUGAGGCACAAAGCGAACUUCCUGAAGUCUCUAGUCACAGACCUGGACAUGAAGAUCCAUGCGGCCUAUGGCUCCACCAAGGAUGUCUCCGUCUACACGUCCAUCAACCUGCCCCCUCCACAGAUCUACAUUGUCGGGCGGUCCACCAAAAAAUUACAGAACCAAUGCCAAUUCAUCACGGAAGGCUACGCAUCCCAUCUGGCCCAGCUGGAGUACACCCAUCGCUCCCGGCCUGCCAAGAACACCACGCGGAUGGCUCUCCGGAAGGGCAGCUUCGGACUCCCGGGCCAAACCGAAUUCUUGCGCAAGAGGAACCACCUGCUGCGAACCAUCUCCUCUCAGCCCACUGUGUCCGCUGGCCACAGUGCCGGUUACCGUCCAGAGCGGACGCAAAGCCACUCCGAAAGUCACCAGGAAAGGGACCGAGAACGCACCCAACGGAGUAUGAGUCUCGCCACGGGCUGCUGGGGACGAACCACGGUCCCAAGGCUCGAACCGGGCAACUUGGGUCAGAAGUAGAGGCGUCCGAGGCGCAAUGAUGGCCGGCUGCACGUGCCCAGGUGGCGGAAGCAGGGGCCACAACAAGGCCAGCAGCGUGGGGCUCAUGGGCAAAUAUGGUGCUACUCAUUGCCGGUGGGGCGGCGGUGACCUGGCCAGGAGCAACCGAGCGAUUUGGGUUUCCUUUUUCCCCCGCCCACAAAACACGCAGGCCUGGACAGUGGCAGGGACAUUGGGUACGUGGAGCGCAACCGGGCGGGCUGAGAACAGGAGCCGCCUUCUGCCACCGAGAUGUCAAGCUGCCUCAUCUUCAAGAUCCACCGUUUUCCGGCUCUUAUCCAGGGUUAGAGAUUGUAAAUAUGUGCCUGUCCAGAUUCUUCUUAGCCAUCCGUCAAAGACGAGAAGACACACCGGUACCGUUGGGAGCAGCAGCAGCAGCAGACCAGGUUGUGGGUAGGAGGGCUGUGUGUUCAUGUAGGCCGGCCCUGGGACCCGGACACGAGGAAGGGGACACCGCCAACUAUCACUGCUUUACAAUCACAACGCCACUUGAUUCAUUCAUGGAGACUCGAAGGACUCGGGACCCACAAGCAGAAGCCACAGCUCCAGGGCCGAGUCACGUUCAACGGCUUCCACUCGGCGACAUAAAGCUACAUGUAUGAUGCGCACACCAUUGGAUAGGUGGUUUAUCAAGGCUGGUUCUAAUUAAAGGAUUUUUUUUAAAAAAAAAAAAAGUAAGAGUUUGGAAGUUGACGGAUUGCACUAAUUCAGGAAAAAAAAAAAGCGUGUAAUAGGCAAAAGAUUCUGCUCCUUCAGAGGGAAGGGAGCACGAUUUGGGCACGACUUGCAGAAGGCAGUUCCUGCCGUACGAUUCGGAGCACCUGGGAGGUGGCGAUCUUUGCUCAGCCUAAAACCGAAAAUAAAAAAAAGAAGCUACGUCCAAAUUCUUCCCAGCCCUUUUUA